AUAUAUAAUCUUGAUCAUAGAGAGAUAAACAGAGACAAAUAUCAAGAACAAGACUUAGACCUUGAUCAAGAACAAGACUUCACUAGAAGUACAAGAAUGGGAAGAGCACCGUGUUGUGACAAAGCAAACGUGAAGAAAGGGCCUUGGUCUCCUGAGGAAGAUGCAAAACUCAAAUCUUACAUUGAAAAGAGUGGCACUGGAGGCAAUUGGAUCGCUUUGCCUCAAAAGAUUGGUUUAAAGAGAUGUGGGAAGAGUUGCAGGCUGAGGUGGUCUAUAAUCGCUGCUCAAUUGCCGGGACGAACAGACAACGAUAUAAAAAACUAUUGGAACACGAGGCUCAAGAAGAAACUUAUUAACAGACAACGCAAGGAGCUUCAAGAAGCUUGUAUGGAGCAGCAAGAGAUGAUUGUGAUGAUGAAGAGACAACAACAACAACAACAACAAAUCCAAACUUCUUUCGUGAUGAGACAAGACCAAACAAUGUUCACAUGGCCACUACAACAUCAUCAUGAUCAGGUACCAACACUUUUCAUGAAUAAAACCAACUCGUUUUGUGACCAAGAAGAUGUUAAGCCAGUGAUCAAGAUUGAAGAUCAAGAACUGGAGAGAACAAACCCUCAUCAUCAUCAAGAUUCGAUGACAAACGCUUUUGAUCAUCUCUCUUUCUCUCAACUCUUGUUAGAUCCUAAUCAUAACCACUUAGGAUCAGGAGAGGGUUUCUCCAUGAACUCGAUCUUGAGCGCCAACGCAAACCCUCCAUUGCUUAACACAAGUAUUAAUGAUCAUCAGUGGUUCGGGAAUUUCCAGGCCGAAACCAUCAACUUGUUCUCAGGAGCCUCCACAAGUACUUCGGCAGAUCAAAGCACCAUAAGUUGGGAAGACAUAAGCUCUCUUGUUUAUUCUGAUUCAAAGCAAUUUUGUUAAUUAAUAUAUUAUUCUCAAGAUG